UCAAACCUUUUAUUCCUUCUCACACGUUUGGCAUUUCAACUUCAACCAUUACUGCUUUCUGCUCUCUUGUGAUCUAAUCUAUCUUUCACUGUUUUCUUUCGCUUACCAAGAAGAAAUGGCCGAAGCAAUCCUGUAUGGCGUUGCGCAGACGAUCAUUGAAAAUUUGGGCUCUAUGGUUUUCGCAGAGAUUGGAUCCAUGUGGGGUGUCAAAGAUGAGUUCGAAAAAUUGAAGGUUACUGUUUCCGCUGUUCAAGCUGUACUUCUGGAUGCUGAGGAGCAGCAGGUCAAGAACCAACAAGUCAAGCACUGGCUCGUGAGGCUCAGAGAUGCAGUCUAUGAUGCGGAUGACUUGCUGACCGAAUUCUACACUGAAGAUAUGCGUCAAAGGGUGAUGGGUGGUGAUGAAACGGCGAAGAGUGUAAGUACUUCUUUAACUACUUACAUUAAACCAACUUUCAUUAUCAGUUCAUUAAAACAACUUGCUUCUCGUCGUGAUAUGGCUAAAAAAAUAACAUCGAUGAGGGAGAGAUUUGAUGCAAUAGCAAUUGAUAUGAAUAAGUUUCAGUUUGUAGUACAUCCAUCAGAAACAAGGGUUGUGACUAGGGUGAGGGAUCAAACUUACUCAUUUGUAUGUGAAGAAGACGUUAUUGGGAGAGAAGAGGAUAAGAAAGCCAUUAUAGAUCUAUUAUUGGACUAUGAUGUGCAAGAGAAUGUUUCGUUUAUAUCCAUAGUGGGGAUUGGGGGGCUGGGGAAGACCACACUUGCUCAAUAUGUAUACAACGAUGAGGAAGUGAAGAAUUAUUUUGAGUUGCGCAUGUGGGUGUGUGUCUCUGAUGUCUUUGAUGUAAAAACAAUUGCUGAAAAGAUAAUUAGAUGUGCAGAUGUUUCGAAACAUGAAAACCUUGACAUGGAGCAAGUACAAAAUAAACUUCGCGAAACACUCAACCAAAAGAAGUAUUUACUUGUGUUGGAUGAUGUGUGGAAUGAGGAUGAGGAAAGGUGGUAUAACUUGAAAAGACUUUUGAUAGGUGGCUCAAAGGGAAGUAAGGUAGUGAUAACAACACGGACUAAAUUGGUUGCAGAGAUUACUAGCACAAUCUCACCGUAUCAUCUAAAAGGCCUCUUGGAAAACCAAUCUUGGUCUCUAUUUAAGCAAAUGGCAUUUAGAAAAGUGCAAGAGAUGAUUAAUCCUAAUCUUGAAGCAAUUGGAAGGGAUAUUGUACAAAAAUGUUGUGGAGUGCCUCUUGCUAUUAAGGCAAUAGGCAGAAUAUUAUUCUUCAAAAAGACAGAGGAUGAAUGGUUAUAUAUCAAGAAUAAAGAACUUACAAAUGUAACUCAAGAAGAAAAUAAUAGUGGUAUUUUACCGAUUCUAAAAUUGAGUUAUGAUCAUCUCCCAUCACAUUUAAAGUGUUGUUUCGCUUAUUGUUCAUUAUUUCCUAAAGAUCAUGAGAUUUCAAAGUUGUCAUUGAUAAAUCUAUGGAUAGCACAAGGAUUUAUCCAAUCAUCAAACGAAAAGCUACAUAUGGAGGAUGUUGCUAAUGAUUACUGUAUGGAUCUACUUUGGAGGUCCUUCUUCCAAGAAGCUACAGAAGAUGGUUUGGGGAAUGUAAUUAGUUUUAAAAUGCAUGAUUUAAUCCAUGAUCUUGCACAAUCAAUCUCAAGAGUUGAGUGCACAUACAUUGAUUCAAAUAUAGAAAAUGUCAAAGAAAAUGUUCGUCAUCUAUCAAUUGCAUCUCACAACGUGCUUAAGAAGGAUUUAAGCUCGUUAUUGAAAGCAAAGAAGAUACGCACGCUCAUGUUUCUAGGUGAGGAAAGGUCAAGUUGUCAAGAAUCAACUCUUGAAACACUUUUUUCUAGUUUAAGAUGCUUGCGUACAUUAGACCUGCAUGACUCAAAUAUUAAGACAGUGCCAGAUUCUAUAGAAAUGUUGACAUAUUUAAAGUACCUUGAUCUUUCUAAGAAUAACAUUGAAGUUCUCCCUAGUUCUAUUACUAGAUUGUUGAAUCUACAAACAUUAAAUCUCAGUUAUUGUUAUAAGCUUAAAGAACUUCCUGGAAACAUUCAAAAUUUGUUCAACCUCCGGAAUCUUGAGUUAAAAGGUUGUAACAAUUUGACCCACAUGCCACCUGGAUUAGGGCAGUUGACUUCUCUUCAAGUAUUACCGUUGUUUAUUGUAAACAAGGAACUUACUUGCACUGGUCUUCCACUAUUGGACAAGCUAAAUAACUUGAGAGGAGAACUAAGAAUAGAAAUUAAGGUACGGGUGGAAGAUGCCACCUCUAAAGCCAAGGCUGCGAAUUUGAAGGACAAGCAGCAUCUUAGAAUAUUGGAAUUAAUAUGGUGGGAUAAGCUGGGUAACGAUGUCGCAGGUGUUUGUGAAGAUGAAAAUUUAAUGGAAGGCCUCCAGCCACACCGGAAUUUAAAAAAGUUGAAGGUGGAAGGGUACCAGGGUGUGAGAUUUCCGAGUUGGCUUCCUUCUCUGACUGGUCUUGUGAUAUUAGAAAUAUCAAAAUCGAUGUGCCAACAUCUAUCGCCAAUGUAUCAACUCCCAAAUCUCCGAAAUCUGUCUCUAGUAUCUAUGCAUGGUCUGGAAUACAUAUCAGACCGGGAAAUCACUGAAGAGAUCUCUGCUUCAUCAACAUUUUUCCCAUCCCUAGAGUCACUCAAAUUGUGGAGCUGCCCUAAUCUAAAGGGAUGGUGGAGGAGGGCUACAGUGGGUGUGGCAACAUCAAGUCAACAAUACCAGCCGCAUGUAUCUUUUCCUCGUCUUUUACAGUUGGAAAUUGAAUUUUGCGAAAACCUGACUUGCAUGCCGUUGUUUCCAAAUCUUGAAAAACCGCUACGACUGAAAAAAUGCAGUUGCAAUCCAUUGCAACAAACAAUGAAUAUGAAAGCAAUCUCUUCGGUUCCCUCUGCUUCAAACUCCUCCCCUCCUCUCUCCAAAUUAAAGUUUCUAUCUUUGACUUUUAUUGAGGACAUAGAGUUUCUGCCAGAGCAGUGGUUGCAAAACCUGGCUUCUCUCGAGUAUCUAGAGAUAUAUGGAUGCAGUAGACUAAAAUCUCUAUCUCUGUCUCUAUUUAUGCAACAUCUCACCUCCCGCAAGACGCUGUUUAUUAGCGAGUGCGAGGAGGUUGAUCUAUUCUGUGAUGAAGACACACACUCUGUUGGUGUCAGUCCUCAAAUUACGGUACUUGAAAACCUUCAAAUUUCUGAUUGCCCCAAUCUCAUAUCACUUCCCGAAGGGAUUGGCAACCUUACUGCACUUCAGAAUCUUAAAAUUUUCUAUUUGCCCCGUCUGGUAUCACUCUCCGAAGGGAUUGGCAACCUUACUGCACUUCAGAAUCUUGAUAUUUCCUAUUUGCCCUGUCUGGUAUCACUCCCCGAAGGGAUUGGCAACCUUACUGCACUUCAGAAUCUUGAUAUUUCCAGUUUGCCCUGUCUGAUAUCACUCCCCGAAGGGAUUGGCAACCUUACUGCACUUCAGAAUCUUAAAAUUUACAGUUUGCCCUGUCUGGUAUCACUCCCCGAAGGGAUUGGCAACCUUACUGCACUUCAGAAUCUUAAAAUUUUCGAUUUGCCCCGUCUGGUAUCACUCCCCGAAGGGAUUGGCAACCUUACUGCACUUCAGAAACUUAGAAUUUUCCAUUUGCCCCGUCUGGUAUCACUCCCCGAAGGGAUUGGCAACCUUACUGCACUUCAGAAUCUUGAUAUUUUCAGUUUGCCCCGUCUGGUAUCACUCCCCGAAGGGAUUGGCAACCUUACUGCACUUCAGAAUCUUGAUAUGUCCAAUUUGCCCUGUCUGGUAUCACUCCCCGAAGGGAUUGGCAACCUUACUGCACUUCAGAAACUUAGAAUUUUCAAAUUGCCCUGUCUGGUAUCACUCCCCGAAGGGAUUGGCAACCUUACUGCACUUCAGAAUCUUGAAAUUUACAGUUUGCCCCGUCUGGUAUCACUUCCCGAAGGGAUUGGCAACCUUACUGCACUUCAGAAACUUGAAAUUUCCAGUUUGCCCUGUCUGGUAUCACUCCCCGAAGGGAUUGGCAACCUUACUGCACUUCAGAAUCUUGAUAUUUCCAGUUUGCCCUGUCUGAUAUCACUCCCCGAAGGGAUUGGCAACCUUACUGCACUUCAGAAACUUCAAAUUUACAAUUUGCCCUGUCUGAUAUCACUCCCCGAAGGGAUUGGCAACCUUACUGCACUUCAGAAACUUCAAAUUUCCAAUUUGCCCUGUCUGAUAUCACUCCCCGAAGGGAUUGGCAACCUUACUGCACUUCAGAAACUUGGAAUUUACAGUUUGCCCCGUCUGGUAUCACUCCCCGAAGGGAUUGGCAACCUUACUGCACUUCAGAAACUUAGAAUUUACAGUUUGCCCUGUCUGGUAUCACUCCCCGAAGGGAUUAGAAGUCUCACAUCACUCAAAAGAUUUGACGUCCGUUCAUGCGCCAAUCUGACAUCACUUCCAUCAGGAAUGCAUCGGCUCUCCUCUUGACAAACCCUGACAAUCAUUAAGUGUCCCCACUUGAAAGAAAGAUACCAGAAGGGAAUUGGCGAGAUUGCUCAUGUCCCAUAUUUUCAAUAUCUUGAUUAAAUUCUUGUUCGGCAACCAAUAUCCUUCGGCUUCUGCGGAUUUAUUCAAAGCACUGUACAAACAACUGAAAGGAUGCCAAGGAAACAUGGGACGAUAGCCUAAAAUUGCUCACUGAUGAACCCAAUUCUUGCUUCAUGCCAGGUAGAAAUAGGUGUGGACUACUCCAAUACUGCUCAAUUAUCCAUGAGAUUUGAAUUGAUUUUUGAAGGAUCAUACACUCCACUAUUUCUAAAGAUAUGAGACAAGGUCAGAAUUCUAAAUCAGCUAGGGUUGGUGUUUCUUCGAAAAAGGCUGAUUUAGUUAAUGAAAAUACAAAUCCUCAAUUUGCACGCAAAAUGCUACGGAUAUUAGUUUCAUCUGAUUCAGUUUUAGGCAAUUGCUAGUUGCUAUUUGGGAUGUUCUACGCCUACCCUAUGGAGCCUCAGUUUUUUUGUUCAUAUCAGAAUAUUACAAGGGGAAUUUGGAGUGCCCUAGAAGAAAAUAUUGAAAUUCAUGAAUGCCCCAAUCUGAUAUCACUUACUGAAGAAAUGAGUCGCCUCUCCUAUUUACAUACCUGACAAUCAUUGACUGUCCCCACUUGAAAGAAAGAUACCAGGAGAGAAUGGCAAGGAUUGGAUUGCUCAUGUCCCGCAUUUUCACAUAUUUUUGAAUUAAGGACUAAAUUCUUGUUCAGCAACCAAUAUGCUUCUGCUUCUUUGGAUAUUUUCAAAGCACUAUACGAACAACUGAAAGGGUGCAAAGGAAUCAUGGGAGUAUUGCCUAAAAUUGCUCACAUGGAUGAACCCAAUUCUUCAAAUUUUCUGAUAUGAGUAAUCCCAAUUCUUUCUUUUCUUUGGGUCUUUCUACUGAAAGACAUUUGCAUUUAUAUAUAAGGAAUUAAACCCAAUAGGAAAGGGGGCAUGCCACUGGUACCAUUACUCUCAUACGCAAAAGCAAUUGAAUCAUAGAAAAAUCUCAUUGUUGUACUUUUUCUUGUUUAAAAUCUUUUGGGCUCUGCAAUUGUGCGAAUAGUCAACAACUAGGUGGGUUGGUACCUUCUAUUUCCUUUAUUUUCUUCUCUCAUAAAAUUUGUCCUGAAAGUGUUGUACAUAAACCUAUUUUUUGCUUCUUCAUCGAAAUAAUUUCUAUUGUAUCUCAUAAAUAAGUUGUUAAGGUGAUAUACUUGGCUUAUUGAUUUAGGUGCAUAAACAGAUUGAAAAGUGCUGAUAUUGGAGUGAUAUUGUUGUCAAAGAUCAACUUAGAUAACUGAUCCAGUACCAGUAUUUAGUUGCUGAAAUUUAUUUUUAUGUAUCAACUUGUACCAUGCCAUGUUUUGCUCAAAUUUUAAGAUAUUUUGACACAUAGAUCACUAUACUUUCUUGAAUUAUUGUUGUGUUAUUUGUGUAGUGUGAUUGGAUUAAACGCAUAGCUUGAAACUUAGAGCGUAGAAAUGCACUAGAUUUCAGAUAGAUUCCAAAUUAUGCGUUUAAUUACCACCAAAACAAAAAAACAAAAAACAAAAAACAAAAACCAAAAAAAAAACAAAAAAACAAAACAAAACCAAAGGAUGACAUGAAAUACUAAAUUUUGAAUGAUUUAUUCUUUGAAAUUGGAGAGGCCAAAACCCAAGUGAUUUAAACAAAUAAUUAGGAGUGUUUUUCUGUAAACCGACAUAAAACAUAGUGUUAAAAACUUUCUAGUAUUUUCUUCUCCUCAUCAGCUUUAUGCUAGGUGGAAAAGGUGGAACUGCUCCUACAAUGCUCAAUUAUCCUUGAGAUUGGAAUUGAUUUUUGAAGGACCAUACACUCCACUAUUUCUAAAGAUGUGAGACAAGGUUGGAAUUCUGAACCAGCUAGAGUUGGUUUUUCUUUGAAAAAGGCUGGUAUUACUUAUGCAUCUUCAAGCUAAACUUGAGCCUUAAUUAUCUCAAUCCUUAUCUUGUAAUAGCUUUCAUAAAAGCCAGGAUUAAGAAUCCUUAUCUUGUUUUCUUUCCAUUGGUUGAUUUAGUUAAUCAAAAUACAAAUCUUUUGAGGAUAGCUUCAGUUUUAGGCAACUGCUACUUGGGAUGUUCUACCACUACCUAAUGGAGCAUCAGGUUUUUUAUAAAUCAGAAUAUUACAAAGGGUGUGAUAAGGAAUUCCCCUUAUUUGAUGAAGGAUUCACAGGCCCUAGAUUAUGCAAACCAUGUUCUAUUCAAUACGGAAAACUGGAUUUUGAAGAAUUUUGUGCAGCUGCCAUAAGUUUGCUUCAGCUGGAAGAAAUGGAGAGCUGGGAACAACAUGCAAGGCAUGCCUAUGAGCUGUUUGAGAUGGAUGUCAACAAGCCAAUUAUGUUUAAAGGAACUUGCCUUUGUAUUCUCGUCAGUUUCAAAAGGCAAAUUUUGAUUCAAUUUUUUAGGUACUUAAACAGAUUGGAAUGUCUCACUUGCUGAUAUUGGAGUAACACUGUGUUGUGAGAUCAUUUAAAAAGUAAUCAGGUGGAAAUAGGUUGGGAUUGCUCUAAUCCUUGAUAUUUGAAUUGAUUUUUGAAGGAUCAUACAGUCCAGGGUUUUGAAAGAAAUGAGACAAGGUCAGAAUUCUAAAUCAGACAAAAGCGGUGUUUCUUUGGGAAAAAAAAUCUGAUUUUGUUUAGUACAAGAAAUAUUCAAUUUGCAUGCAAGAUGCUACAAAUGUAACAAGAGUCAUCAUCUACCAGUACCUUUUUGAGGAUAUCUUCAGCUUUAGGGCAACUGGACAUGCAUCAAUAUUUCGUUCAUGUCAGAAUAUCGAAAGGAUCAAGUGCCCCUAGUAGAAAAAUAUUGUUACAUUGAGGAAAUAAUUUGGCAAGGAAGAACUGCACACCAAAGCUUUCUCAUAACAAUAUUCUGUAGAAGUCAUUCAGAACUCAGCAAAAGAUGCGUUUUUGGCAUUUCCAUAUUGCUCUCAGAAUUUGAAAUCAGUCUCCAUUGAUUAACUAGAGCAUCGGAGAAAAGCUUCAAUAACUUCGUAUAAUUAAAAUCUUAGCAAUUCAGUUUUUGUACUCACUACUCACUGGGUCUGAAAAUCAAAGUUCAUAUGGAUGUUUGAGACCAUUUAUAUUCACCUAUCCAAAUUUUGAAAUUUAUCUUUUAAGUAAAUUAUGGUGAACAUUAAAAUGUUAAAGUUGUAUUUUGAUGUGGUUUUAAUGUUGCUUCA